AUGAUUCGUGCCUUGAGCGGACUUCUAUGGCUGGAUGCCGCCUCGCGGACGGCUGCCUGCACUGUGUUUGCAGUGGGCAAAGCGGCCACUAAGGACGGCUCUGUGCUGAUUUCGCACUCGGAUGACGGCGAUCCUCAGAACGAUGCUCGCCUGCUUUAUGUACCAGCUGCUGACCACCGGCCAGACGAGAAGCGGCCGAUUUUCCACACUGCAGAGACCUUCCCGCGGUAUCUGGGGGACCACAUGGGCCCCGACUACCGCCCUAAUGCGGACACCAAAGGGUACAACACGUCCGAGCCCAUCGGUUACAUCGACCAGGUGCCUCACACCUUCGGCUAUCAGAGUGGUACAUAUGGGGUGCUGAACGAGCACGGUGUUUCUGUGGCGGAAUCGACCUGCAGUGCCGUCUUUGGAACUUGUGGAAAGGGCUCCACGGUGGGUUGUGAGCCUGGUCGGAAAGUUGGAGCGGCGCUGAUGAGCAUCGACACGCUCUCCUACCUUGCCAUGGAGCGUAGCCGCACUUCUCGUGAAGCAGUCGAGCUGAUGGGCCAGUUGGCUUCGAAGUACGGCUUUUAUGGGCCGCCGGAUUCCUUCGAAGGAUCCGGGGAAUCGCUGAUUGUCGGAGAUCCCGACGAGGCCUGGGCCUUCCAGAUCCUCUCAGAUCCCACGGGGACCAGCGCCAUCUGGGUGGCGAAGCGCUUGCCCGACGACCAGAUGACGGUGGUUGCCAACAUGUACACGAUCCGCGAGGUCAACGCUGACGACAAGGACAAUUUCAUCGUGUCGCCGAACCUUUUCGACGUGGCGAGCAGCAAGGGGUGGUGGAAGCAAGGACAAGCCUUCGAUUUCACGCUGAUGUAUUCGGGCGGAGAGUAUGCCCACAAGUACUACUCCGGCCGACGGAUGUGGCGAGGCUUGCAGAUGGCGAAGCCAUCCCUAAGCUUGCCAACCAGUUAUGAGGACAUCCGGUACAAGCCCGUGUAUCCCUGGUCGGUCGCGCCCGACGCCAAAGUCUCCCAUCACGACCUCAUGUCCUGGCACCGAGACUGGUAUGCCGGGACGGAGUUCGAUAUGACGAAAGGUGUUCAAGCCGGACCUUUCGGAACUCCGGACAGGUACCAGACGACCUCAAAGGUCCAGGGCCACUGGGAAAGAUCGAUUGCCCUCUACCGCACCAAUGCCGUCUAUGUUCAGCAGCUGCACCAUCCAGGUGAGGGCCGUCCCCAAGGGACUGCGAGCGUUGCAUGGUAUGCAGCCGGGCCCCCUCACUAUGCAGCAUUCGCACCCAUCCCGUCUGGAGUGAACGAGACCAUCCACGCCUUGCAAUUUGCAAACCCAAAGCAAUUUGAGAAUUACUCGAUGAAUUGGCUGGUUCGCAGAGUGAUGGAUGUCUGUCAAAUUCGCUUCGAUGUCAUGCACAAAGCCGUCAACAACGCGCAGCAGGCUGCGGAGUCUGAUGCGGAUGCCUUGCUGGAGAAAGUUCGCCAAGCUGGCACCACCAGUCCAGUCGAACUGAACAAGAUCUUCCAGGAGCAUGCUAGCGAGGUGCUUCAAACGUGGAAGAAGCUGAUGCCAUAUCUGCUCUUCCGCUUCAGCGGCAACACUGACCUUGAGACAAUGCAGAGCCUGAGCUAUCCAGAUGCUUGGCUGGAGGCAUCAGGCUACAAGGAUGGGCCGCCAGAUGCCCCCAAGGAGGACAAGUGUCCUCCGAAGUGCGAUCCGGACGGGGAGAACAUCGUGGUCUGA